CUAAGCCUGACGGCCAGAGAAGAAAGGAGGUGGGGGAGAAACAGAGACAUAUUAUUAUUCACAACCGUGUUGGAUUUUCAUGACCCACGGAGGCGACUCACACCGGGCGAAGCGCAAAGAAAAAGGCCAGGAUAAAACAACCACGUAUAUUCGAGUCCGUCCUGCGUUUGGAUCUACAACACCGAUUUAUAAAAGGCGUCUUUUUCUUCGACAAAGACGGGACUGUGUGUGUUAUACGUCUGCGUAGGUCAUCUACCGAAUAGAAAAGCAGGUUUGGUGAAACAGUCUGGCCAAUGGUUAUUAUUCCUCUGUUUUAUAUAAAAAGGAGGAUUUACAAGAUGGCUGAUGACAGCUAGCCCUAACAAGGACAGAAGAAGCGACGUCCCCUUUAAGAUUAGCUGGGUGUAUUUUGGUAUCUAUAUCAGUUGAAUAUAUAAAUAUGGCUGCUUUAAAAAAUAAUGACGACCACACACCCCGUUGACAGAGAGCUUCCUUGUAGGGCAACGGUGCCAGUGGAGUUUAUUAUUUAUCUGUAACCUGGGCUAUGGUAGAAAAUGGUGAGGUGACGUCGGAGUUAAUUUACGCGAUUUAAAUCGAGAUAAGGAAGUGGAACAAUUAUGUUGUUGUUGCUGUUGGCCACAGGCUGAGGCGACGUUCCGUGAGGAGGCUAAAAAAGGCCAAAGUAAAAAGAAUAAUUUACUAGAGCAGUGUUUGGGGAAAAAUAAGAGAAACACUAGAAUAUUUGAUAGAUGUGUCGGAGGGGGGAGAAACUGAAGGCUCUGCAACAACAGCAGCCAACAUUCCUGCGGAUCCUAAAAGCCUUUGUUUUGUGCGCAGGAGCUGGACUAGGCUAUGAAAAACGAUUAACUAUGCAGUAAACAGCCCGGUAAUCAUGAUCCGGGUAUGAUUUGUUUUAGGUUUGUUGAGAUUAUAAGGCCUUUUGUUGUCGACAGAAGACCCGGCGGAGAGGGAAAAGCCUAGGCCUUGUGUACAGAUAUGCGCUCUGUGCCACAUCGCGGGCGUGAUUAUUAUUAUUCAUCACCGUAGAAAUGUGGCUUUUUACGGCAGACUGAAGCUCUGGAGGAGAAUGUGUCGCUAAUCUGACCUGAGAGAAGGUUGGUUUCCUGCCUGCUAUGUAUAAUUAAAUCGCUGGUAGAGACUUAUUUAUGAUUCCGUAGACAAAAGCAGUGCGCUGCGUUGAUUAUUCAGAUGAUUCAGGCGUCCUUGAGUUCCCGAUAAAACAGAUUCAGGUGUAAAAAUAUAACAAUCCGUUUUAUGUGUUUUAUGAGUAAUCAGGGUGUGGACUAUGGCAGUCCUUCCUCAUGCUUUUUAUGCUUUAUGCAUUUGUUUGGUCCUCCUUCAGUCAUAAUCUAAGGGUAGAGUAAAGGGAGGGAGGAAGGAAGGUCUCAAGGUAGGGGGUUGAGUAGUGAGAGGAUCAAGUGUCUCUUCAUGACCACGUUGAAUAAUUGUGUAGGUGUUUAGUUUUCUGUGCCUUGUUUGCGUUUUAUGGUUUACCUGUAGCUGACAGGCAUUCAGGUUUCUGAAAACCUAUAAAGACACACACCCACCCACUCACACAUAGCUGUAAAGGUAGGCCCAGUGUGUGUGAGUGUGAGCAUGAUUUAGUGGAAAUUACAGCACUGUUUACUGUAACCGUUGUAACGUCAGCCCUUGUAGCUUGUUGAUAUCACCUCGCCUGAAGCCUUCUCUGGACAGUUUUCUUUUUGGAAUUUGCCUUCUUGCUGCAGCAAUAAGUAAUACUUGUCAUCUUGUCAGGGAGACGCAGGAGUCUAAUUUGGUCAUAAGGGUCAAAAUACACACUCUGAUCUUUCGGGACAGAACCAGGUCUGUUUUUAUCUUUUUUGCUCAAGACUUUUUUUUUAGAGUGUCAGGUUUCCUGUGAGGCCUAGUGGUGUGGGAAAAGUGGAAAAGAGUAGUGUAUGCCUGCCUGCACCAUGAUGGCCUCUGACAUGGCUGAGACGUGGAGGAACUGUUUUGAGGAGGAGCUCAUUUGCCCCAUCUGCCUACACGUGUUCUCAGAUCCCAUCCAGCUGCCCUGCAAGCACAACUUCUGCCGGGGCUGCAUCAGCGAGGCCUGGGCCAAAGACUCCACACUGGCCCGCUGCCCCGAAUGCAAUCAUGCUUACACGCAGAAGCCCAAUUUGGAGAAGAACCACAAACUGUCUAACAUAGUGGAGAAGUACAACGCCCUGAGCGUGGAAAAGGCCACUACGCCAGCAUUGCAGUGCAUCCUGUGCCGCCGUGGCCCGCCACUCCCAGCAGUUAAAGUCUGCCUGCGCUGCAAUGCCCCGUGUUGCCAGUCUCAUGUCCAGACACACCUGCAGCAGCCGUGUUCCGCCCUGGGGCACCUGUUGGUGGAGGCGGAGGCAGUGAAAGCCUGGACCUGCCCUCAGCAUGAUGAGUACAGGUUGUACCACUGUGAGGCCGAGCAGACAGCAGUGUGUCAGUACUGCUGCUUCGCCCGAUGCCACCCCAGCCAUGGUCAUGCUGUCACCGAUGUGGAGCUGAGACGCAAUGACAUCAGACAAAGCCUGUUACGACAGCAGGAGCGCGUCGAGGAGCGAGUGCAGGAGAUCGAAGAACAGCUUUGCAAGCUCGACUCUGACAAGUGUGUUGUGGAGGACAGAGUAUGUGAGCUGAAGGAGGACGUGCGCCUGCAGUACCAGCGCAUGCACCAGCUCCUGGAGGAGGAUCUGGGUCGCACACUGGAGGCUGUGGACCGGGCCCAAGCUCGGUUCUGCCAGGAAAACGCCGCUCAGGUUCUUGUUCUGGGAGAACAGCGGCAUGAGGCUCAGAAGCUGCUGAGCUCCAUUCACACUGCCUUUGGUAAGGCAGAGGAGCUGAGCUUCAUGAAGAACACCAAACCUGUGAAAAUCCUCACAGACAGGUCUCAGGCGUGUGUGGGCAGCAGCCUCCCUCCUUACAAAGUGGGGAAUCUGAACUCUAAACUGUUCCUGUCUGAAAUCUCUAAAAGAGAGAAGAGCUUGAAGAGAAUGCUGGAAGUUCCCCUCACCCCUCCCUCCAGCUUCCUGCAGUCAGUUCCUGCUUAUCCCAGUGGUCAGAGCUCCGGUUCUGGAGCAGAAAAACGGAAACAUUCCACUGCCUUUCCAGAGGGAAACGGGAGCUCUGGGAAAACCUCCGCUCCUAGUUUCAAGGACUCCUCUUCCUCCUCUUCUUCUUCCUCCUCCUCUUCGUCAUCGUCCUCCUCGUCACUAGCCAAGCAGCCCUACCUGGGCUCCAGCUCUUCUUCAGGAGAAGGUCAGUCCACCACCAAUCAGCAGCCCCUCGGUGCCUGUGGUCCACCUCACAUCAGUGAGAGUGGCGGGACAGGGGGUGGGAGCGGCUCUCUGACCAACCAUCAUUCAGGUGGUGUGUUUGGCUCCUCGCACUUUGCUCCCGGUGGCAGUGGCUCCUCACACUCCUCCCAGCAGGCCGUGCUGCCUCAGUACGGCGGCAGGAAGAUCCUGGUGUGCACCAUGGAUAACUGCUACUGCUCCGGAGUGCCCUCCGUGUCGGGCCACCGCAGCCACCCGCCCUACGCCCGCUCUGGCUCCUUCCCCUGGGUUAGCGCCCAGGACUACCCACCUCCUCCUGGCCUGGCCUCUGGAGGUCCGUCUAUGCAGGGUUUGGCAGUGAGGGACUGGAUAGACGCCUCACAGACGCACAGACAUGCAGAUUUUUACGGGCUUUAUGGGCAGCCCUCAACAAAGCACUAUGUCACCAGCUAACAGAGUAGACACACACACACACACACACACACACACACACAUUCGGAUAUAAAGGUAACAAACAGCACAUCAUUACCAGCUUACUAACUGGAAAAAUCGCAAAUGCAGUUAUACUCUACCAAUAAUAAUAUAAUGUUUAUACACACACACACACACACACACACAAAGAGCAUGCACACACAUUCGGGGGCAGGGUUAAUCUAUCUGUGUUUUAAUUUUCCUCCUUUCUUCAUUUUGGAUCAGUGUUUUUUCACGUAGUGUAAUAUACGUAGAAUACGUAAACAGCCAAUUACUCACUGGGACACAACUCGGCUCAGCACCUGACGUGAGACGUGAGUUAUGAGAAAGAAAGGCCUGAGACACUGAUAAGAGAAUUCUUCUUCUUGAAAUAGAAAGAUAAUGUCACUGCAUUUUUCCCCAUUUAACAGUGUUUAUCUGAAAUGAUCACCCUUCUGUCGUACUGUGGUCACUGGUCUUAUGUUAUUAGCAUCACAUUUUCUCUGCCUGGCAGACGUUGUUUAAACAGAUCCCUUACCAAAGGAUCCGUCCUGGACUUUUCUGUCUCCUGAUAUUUUUGUUUGUUUUUACCAUCAUAGCAUCACUUCCUUUCUUAGUGAGUUCAGGGAUGGAUCGUACAGCUUGAACACAAAAUGCUCUUCCAUGGACACCCACGAGGCACAUGUGGAUGCCUUGGUAUGCUUGAAUCACAGGCACUUAGGGACUCUAAAAGCUGCAUCUGAAGGGUCGUUUGUCCCUUCAGAGCGUCUGGAAAAUCAGCGCUUAUUGUCUAGCACUCCCUUCCUGCGACCAGGCUUCCGACAGGACAGAAACUGUUCUGACAAAGAACUGUUUUCAUUUAGUUAACUAUGACGACUUUGUGAUUUUUUUGGUACAUCACUCAGUGUCAUGCUCGUCUAGACUGACUCUGAAUUUAGAGGAACAAGGCAAGAGUGAACAGAACAGACCAAUUAAGCAUCUGCAGGAUCUGGUGAUGCUGUAAUUGUACUUCCUGCAGGGCAAAGAUGUCACUUCCUCUCAAUAAGCACACAAGCUUUUGGCUUCCUGUUUGCAGCUGAAAGCAUGCAAGAGAGAGUUUUUUUAAAAGCACUCAAAAAAGAAGAACAGUGGUUAAAAAAAUUGAGUGAAAGAGAAACGUUGUCGGCAGAAUUUUUUCAUGAACUUUUUCUAAAAGAAUGAAACUGGACUUUGAGAUGUAAGAAAUGGUUCGUCAUCCUAAAGAAGCUGAUACAGGAGUCGACGUCAACAGGAAAAGGCAACAUAAAGUAUCUUUUUUGUAAAUAUUUUGUGAAAUGGAAACAUUACAGACAUGAUUUGGAGAAGGGUUCCAAAUAAACAAAUUUAAACCAA